UUCGAGCGAGAUUUUAUAUUGCCAUCGACAACAACCUCCAGCCUCUUGACUUUCACCCUCAAUUCUGCCCGAUUCAAAUCCUUCCUCAGUCUCACUCCGUGACCAUACUCCCGCCCUCGUAUCGCGAAUCUGGAACUUGAGAAAUAAAUAUACUUCUUUACGAGGGGGUUUCCUUACACCGUCUCUCGGCCGUUCCAUUUUCCUACGUAUACGCGUCACAAUGAGAAGGGAUUCAAGGGCGCCCGCUGCCUGGAUGGGCAUUCCAGGGAGGCAGAUUUCCUUGCUCUUGUUAACGAUUCAGUAUACGAUUUUCACAUUACUCCUUCAUUACUCCAGAGUCAUGCCCGUCGUUGGCGGUCGACGCUACCUCACCUCAACCGCCGUCUUCCUCAAUGAAGUUAUAAAAUUAGCAAUCUGUCUCACCCUUGCGCUCUAUGAAAUGUCCAAAGCUGUGCCUCCUUCCAUGCCUGCAACCUCACUCUUCACCAAUCUCUCCGCUGCGGUUUUUACUGGCGAUAGCUGGAAACUAGUUGUUCCGGCAGGACUGUAUACUUUAUCAAACUCCCUGGUGUAUAUCGGGCUCUCCAACCUCGAAGCCGCCACCUUCCAGGUUACAUACCAAUUGAAAAUAGCCACAGCAGCAGUCUUCGGCGCCUUGUUUCUCAGACGGAGUUUAUCUGUUGGAAAGUGGACAACACUAUUCCUACUGAUCGCAGGCGUAUUUAUCAUCCAGCUACCACACACGGAUCCCAAUGACAUCGACGACCACCGCGCGCACGUGCAUUUCCCACGCUCGCUGGAAGACUGGCAGAAUCUGGGUGCCUCCACUGGCCGGAACUUGCGUCAGAACCUUCACAAACGCUCCGCCACUUACGAAGGAAUCGAGGAGGAUCUGAUGCUGGGACACCCGCGCAUGAAUGGAAACAUCGGGCUGUUGGCUGCCAUUGGCGCUUGCAUCGCGUCUGGUUUAGCAGGAGUGUCCUUCGAAAAAGUACUGAAGGAUAGUGCCACGUCUACCACGUCUGUAUCGAUACGCAACGUCCAACUAGCGGUUUAUUCGAUAUUCCCCUCUUUGUUUAUCGGCGUGGUGUUCCUAGAUGGCGAGAAGGUGGCGCGCGCCGGGUUCUUUGACGGCUACAAUUGGGUUGUGUGGCUGGUUAUAGCACUGCAGGCCGUGGGCGGAAUUGCGACAUCGUAUUGCAUUUCACGCGGAGAACAUGGCUUGCGGAAUUCGGCGUCAGGGAUUAGUAUUGUGCUCAGUGCUGUCGGGGCGAUAUGGGCUUUUGAUUUUAGGAUGAGCGGGAAUUUCAUCGUCGGCACCGUCCUCGUCCUGGCGGGCACAUAUGUCUACACUCAACUCUCUCAUCCAAAUAUGCAGCACCAAAAACACAGCAACCGGCCCCCACCAAUCCGCAUCAACAACUUUGAAAAGCUCAGCGGCCUGGGCAUGGAAAAUGAUAAUAACAAUAACAUGGCCAGCACCUCAUCAUCAACAGACGUAGAUGAUAAGAACCUCUACAAUAACGCCGACAACUCCCACCUCACCCCACCGAACGACUUCUCUAUAAAACUGCCCACCACGCCAAACCUGGCUCGCCGGGCCAGACCAGGUUGA